GACCCAAGGAUGUUGUCCAAACUGUUCCUCUGUUGUGUACUAGCCUUGGCCGCAGCCGAGUCAGCCUUCGAUGACGAAUAUGAUGACCCCGUUCUCAACUUUGACGACCCUAUCCUGAAGAUCGUCGGUGGCUCAGUGGCGACACGUGGUCAGUUCCCGUGGCAACUACACCUGAAGAGAAAUGGCGCUUUCACGUGCGGAGCUGUUUUGAUCUCAGCUAACCGAGCUCUUACCGCUGCCCAUUGUCUCAGCUCCGGUACGUACACAGCUACAGCCGGGGAACACAGUCCUUCUUCCACCAGUGGUAACGAAGUCACUCGCACCGUGUCUUCUUGGACAAGGCAUCCCAGUUACAGCACAGGGUCUGGAUAUCCUAACGACAUCGCCAUCCUCCGGUUCAGUUCCAGUUUCCCAAGCACCACUUACAUCAAGACGAUCACAAUGGCGUCCAGUACGAGCAGCGACUUUACUGGAGUGACAUGCACAAUCUCCGGCUGGGGUAGAACGAGCGGUGGUGGAAGUAUUCCCAGCACACUGAGGUACGCCAACAUGCCCGCCAUUUCCAACUCGGAGUGUGCGUCACGAUGGUCAAGUAUUUCCGGAGCGUCCAUCAAUGCCGGUCACAUCUGUGUCUACCAGUCGGGAAAAUCUGCCUGCAGUGGAGACAGCGGCGGCCCGAUGGUGUGUAGCGGAAUUCUGGCAGGGAUCACCUCCUGGGGAAUCUCUUCAUGUAGCGGGGGCUACCCGAGUGUCUAUGCCCGUGUCAGCUACUUCAGAAACUGGAUCGACUCAAACUUGAACUAAACUGGACUGUUAUGAGUUUUUCUUUGAAAUAAAAUAA